CCCAGGCUUCCGUGUGGAUCCUCAAUUCACUUCCGGCUGGUUACGAAAUUCCGCUUUGCUGGGCGCGCUGUGGACUGUCUGAAACUUAGAAGGAGGCUUUCUCAGAGGUUUCCCGGCUCCGGAGCCCGGCAUGGCUUCUUCGCGAGCCUCUUCCACGGCAACCAAAACUAAAGCACCCGAUGACUUAGUCGCUCCUGUUGUGAAGAAACCACACAUCUAUUAUGGAAGUUUGGAAGAGAAGGAAAGGGAACGCCUUGCCAAGGGAGAGUCUGGAAUUUUGGGAAAAGAAGGACUUAAAGCAGGCAUUGAAGCAGGAAAUAUUAAUAUAACUUCUGGAGAGGUAUUUGAAAUUGAAGAACACAUCAGUGAGCGACAGGCAGAAGUAUUGGCUGAGUUUGAAAGAAGGAAGCGAGCUCGACAAAUCAACGUUUCCACAGAUGACUCAGAAGUCAAGGCUUGCCUCAGAGCCUUGGGGGAACCCAUCACACUUUUUGGAGAGGGCCCUGCUGAAAGAAGAGAAAGGUUAAGAAAUAUUCUCUCAGUGGUUGGCACUGAUGCCUUAAAAAAGACAAAAAAAGAUGAUGAGAAAUCUAAGAAGUCCAAAGAAGAGUAUCAGCAAACCUGGUACCAUGAAGGACCAAACAGCCUGAAGGUGGCUAGACUGUGGAUUGCUAAUUAUUCACUGCCCAGGGCAAUGAAACGCUUGGAAGAGGCCCGUCUCCAUAAAGAGAUUCCUGAGACAACUAGAACAUCCCAGAUGCAAGAGCUGCACAAAUCCCUCCGGUCUUUGAAUAAUUUCUGCAGCCAAAUUGGGGACGAUCGGCCUAUCUCCUACUGUCACUUUAGUCCCAAUUCCAAAAUGCUGGCCACAGCUUGUUGGAGUGGGCUUUGCAAGCUCUGGUCUGUUCCAGAUUGUAACCUCCUUCACACUCUUCGAGGUCAUAAUACAAAUGUAGGAGCAAUUGUAUUUCAUCCCAAGUCCACUGUGUCAUUGGAUCAGAAAGAUGUCAACCUGGCCUCUUGUGCUGCUGAUGGGUCUGUGAAGCUCUGGAGUCUUGACAGUGAUGAACCAGUGGCAGAUAUUGAAGGCCAUACCGUGCGUGUAGCCCGAGUAAUGUGGCAUCCAUCAGGACGUUUCCUGGGCACCACCUGCUAUGAUCGUUCAUGGCGCUUAUGGGAUUUGGAGGCUCAAGAGGAAAUCCUGCAUCAGGAGGGUCACAGCAUGGGUGUAUAUGACAUUGCCUUCCAUCAAGAUGGCUCUUUGGCUGGCACUGGGGGCCUGGAUGCAUUUGGUCGAGUUUGGGACCUGCGCACAGGACGUUGCAUCAUGUUCCUAGAAGGCCACCUAAAGGAAAUCUACGGAAUAAGUUUUUCCCCCAAUGGCUACCACAUUGCAACUGGCAGUGGUGACAAUACCUGCAAAGUGUGGGACCUUCGACAGCGGCGUUGCAUCUAUACCAUCCCUGCCCAUCAGAACUUAGUGACCGGGGUCAAGUUUGAGCCUAUCCAUGGGAACUUCUUGCUCACUGGUGCCUAUGACAACACAGCCAAGAUCUGGACCCACCCGGGCUGGUCCCCGCUGAAGACUCUGGCAGGCCACGAAGGCAAAGUCAUGGGUCUGGACAUUUCUUCUGAUGGGCAGCUCAUAGCCACUUGCUCAUAUGAUAGGACCUUCAAGCUCUGGAUGGCUGAAUAGGCAAGGCCAUGGGAGAAAAACUCGCCUCAAACUGCCCCUUAGGAGCCAUUUUUCUCAAAAGAAAAAAAUUGAUGUAUUUUAUUUUGUUCUAUCAUGUUUCUACAGUUAUCAAGUAUAGAUGCUCAAUAGAUUUGAUUUUCACAUCAACUCCCAAGCAGCCCAGUCCCUACAUGGUGGUAAACCCCUUUUGUGAUUGAAAAUUUAUUUCUCAUCUUCAGGCCUUGCCAAGAAUUAUGUAGGAUGUUGUUUUUAUUAAUCUUUGUUUAAAUGUCCUACCAUCUUACAGCACUCAAAAUUGUGAAUACACUGCAUUUUAGUUCUCAAAAACUUGCCUUUUCAUGGUACAUGCUUCACGACUGCAUAUGAUCCAUUCAGCAAGUAAGGUGAUUGGACUGUAUUCCGGAAGCCCUGGCAUAACGAGGAGCAGCUGGCCACUCACUGGUUGAACAGUGCCUGACCUGACAGCGACAGCGACCCCACUUCCUGUCCUAGAGAAUGAGAGAGGAAGCAGUAGAUUGUGUAGGAAAGUUGCUCGUGCAGGAAAGAGACUGGACAUUUCCUGUGGAAUUCACUUGAAACACUGCCUGCCUUAGGAAACUCAGAACCAAACAUCUACUUGGUCAGAGCAGUCUUCCAUUUUGCUUUAAGUUUGACAUCCUAUUACCCUAAAGCACAGCCAUUGUGUCAGGAUUCAAAGAAAUUUUUGAAAUUGCACAGCUCAUUUGGUACAGCUUGCUUUUCUGUUGGUUAAAGGAUGUACUUCAUGUAUUACAGGGUAUGUCAUGUCAGAAUAACUGGAAAAAAUCCCUAAUGGGCAUUCUUAUUUGUUUGUUUGUUUUUGUACCGAGGAAUCAAACUCACGUCUGCAGGUUUGCAAGGCAGGCACCUCAGCGGUAUAUUGCUGAGCUAAAUCCCCAGCCCACCUAAUAGGCAUUCUUUUUUUUUUCCUUUUUAUUGGUACCAGGGAUCGAACUCACGACUGCCUGCUUGCAAGGCAGGCACUUAUGCCGCUGAGCUAAAUCCCCAGCCCCCUAAUAGGCAUUCUUAAACAUGAACCUUUUUUUUGUAUAUAAUUUGCUAAGAAUGAAAUCCUACCGUUAAAAAACUAUUCCUUAAAAAAUUAUUUUCUGGGGUACUGGGAAUAUAGUUCAGUGGUAGGGUAUAUGAAGCCCUAGGUUCUAUCCCCAGCACCCAAAAACACAAAAUAUCUGAAGUUAAAGCAUUUUCUGAUUCCUAGCCAUUAAUCCAGAAGUCUUUUUAGUCAUUUUGUUUUUAAUCUAGAAUGAUUUCAGAUGUGGAUUCCUCCCAAUUUCUGUCUCAUGGAAAAGUGUUCUACUAUCCUUUUCAACAAAGAGCAACGGGUGUUGGCCUGGUGGGCCAGACUAACAACUGUAUAUGGACUCCAUAAUUCUUAUUCAUCAGGUGCUUAGUGUUAACGUCCACCUCUUUCCACCCCAGAUAAACAUACUGUGCACUCUGAAAUGACCUAGUAAAUUUACAUACAAGUAGAAGAAUGGAAGAAGAAAGAAUAAGGAGAACUAAGGAAAGGCUUUAUAAUAGGCUUUGAAUAUUCCAAAUCCUUUUUAUUUGCCGUUUCCGAGAUUGAGGAUAGCCUUGCCUCUUCUGCAAAUUAUGAAUGUGAUUGUAGCCAAAUGUAAUGUUUUUAAUCAGAUUUCAGUUAUAACCAAGUAGUUACCUUUCCUGUGUAGUUGCUAAGCUUCAGAAUGCUCAAGUCUUAACUCUUGUUUCCUUUAUGGUUUGCCAUGAGACUUUUUCAACACCAUUUUUAUAGUAUGUGUAAAAUAGUGAUAGAUGUUGGUGUACUAGCAUGCAACUUAGAUACAGUAUACUGACAAAGGUUUUUAGUUUCUCUGUUUGAAUUUUACUCUUGGUUCCCUUGGA